AUGACAACGUAUUGGCCUACGAGUAACUAUAUCCGGUGGCGGUUUGGUCAUUUUCCGGCGAAUCUUGGCCAUUGUAUGCAAGUGGUGGAGGCAUUGGAUAUUUCCGAAUGUGCUCUUUGAAGCAUCUAUCUUUACUCGUACAGUCACCUAUAUUCUUUUUUCUCAUCAUUGAUUCACCAUAAAUAUCGUGAUCUUGGGUACCAUUGAAAUACAUUCUGAACACUAGUCAGCUAGCCUCACCAAGAGCAGAGCUCUCAUUUCUUUUAACAAGGAAGAAAGGAUGGUGAAGUUCUCCAAGCAAUUUGAGGGUCAGCUUGUGCCUGAGUGGAAAGAGGCCUUUGUUGAUUACUGGCAGCUCAAGAAGGACAUCAAAAAGUUCCAUUUUCUUAAUAGUAAUACAAACACCUCCAAGCACCACCACCAACAACGUGCGUUUCUAUCCAACUUCUUUUCUUCUAUCCAGAAGUACUCCCCGAUUCCAUUUUCCCAUCAACAUAGAGACCAUGGACCCAUUCAAGUCCAUAAGAAACUUGCAUCGUCGGUGAGUAAGGAAGAUAUGUAUGAAACAGAAGUUAUUGAACAAUUUGAUCAGGAUACUGAAGCGGCCAAGGAGUUCUUUGCAUGUUUGGACCUUCAACUUAACAAAGUGAAUCAAUUUUACAAAACUAAGGAGAAAGAGUUCUUGGAUAGAGGGGAAUCCUUGAAGAAACAACUGGACAUUCUCACUGAGCUCAAAGCUGUUUUCAAGCAACAGCGUGGGAAUGGAACUACCUCUCAGGACUCCAAGGAGGAUGCAUCUAUAUCAUGCACCAUCUCUUGCGAGGACGACUCUGGAAAUGACAGAACAGAAGAAGAGCAGGGGCAAGAAACUAACACAGACGACCUGGAAAAAAAUGAAGUGCUAGAUUCUCCAAGAUCCGAAGAGAUAGAAAAAUCAAUGAGAAUGAAAAGAGAGGAGAACAAACUGGGGACACUCUCAGGUCGUGUUUUCAAUUGCCAGGGAAAAAACUUAAAGAUAAACAUUCCUCUAACGACACCUUCUCGAACCUUUUCUGCAAUUAGUUAUCUAGUUUGGGAAGAUUUAGUUAACCAGUCCUCCAAGAAAUGCAACCCUGAAGGAAAGAGACUGCAUAUUAACAAAACAAAGUUGCAUCAUGCAGAGAAGAUGAUUAAACGAGCUUUUGUUGAGCUCUAUAAAGGAUUGAGUUACCUCAAGACUUACAGGAACUUGAACUUGCUAGCUUUUAUAAAGAUUUUGAAGAAGUUUGACAAGGUCACUGGAAAGCAAGUUCUUCCCAUCUAUCUAAAGGCUGUUGAAAGCUCCUAUUUUAACAGCUCUGACAAGGCAUUGAAUUUAGUUGAUGAAGUUGAGGAGCUAUUUGUUAGACAUUUCGCUCAAGAGGACAGAAGAAAGGCCAUGAAAUAUCUUAAACCCCAACAACAUAAAGAAUCACACAGUGUAACCUUCUUCAUUGGAUUGUUCACCGGAUGCUUCAUCGCCCUUCUUGCUGGAUAUGUUAUAAUGGCUCAUAUUACAGGGAUGUAUAGACGACAGCCAGAUACAGUCUACAUGGAAACUGUAUACCCUGUGCUUAGCAUGUUCAGCCUGGUGUUCCUACACUUCUUUCUGUAUGGUUGCAACAUUUUUAUGUGGAGGAAGACUAGGAUAAAUUAUAGCUUCAUUUUUGAAUUGGCCCCUACCAAGGAGCUUAAGUACAGAGAUGUGUUCUUGAUUUGUACUGUAGCCAUGACUGCUGUAGUUGGAGUCAUGUUUAUUCAUUUGUCAUUUCUUACAAAAGGGUAUUCGUAUGCGCAAGUUCAAGCCAUCCCUGGUCUUCUGUUAUUGGUGUUCUUGUCAUUGCUAUUUUGCCCCUUCAAUAUAUGCUACCGGUCUAGUCGUUACCGUUUCCUUUGUGUAAUAAGGAACAUCAUUUUGUCACCUCUAUAUAAGGUUGUGAUGCUGGAUUUCUUCAUGGCUGAUCAACUCUGUAGUCAGGUGCCAAUGCUUAGGAACCUUGAGUACGUUGCGUGUUACUAUAUAACUGGGAGCUUCAAAACGCAGGACUAUGGCUACUGCAUGAGGGCCAAGCAUUACCGCGAUCUUGCCUAUGCUGUGUCCUUCCUGCCCUACUACUGGAGAGCUAUGCAGUGUGCCAGGCGAUGGUUCGAUGAAGGACGGACAAGCCACCUUGUCAAUCUAGGCAAGUAUGUAUCAGCAAUGUUAGCAGCAGGAGCCAAAGUGGCCUAUGAGAAGGAAAGGAGUGCGGGAUGGCUGUGUCUUCUUGUGAUUGUGUCAAGUGCUGCAACAGUGUACCAAUUGUAUUGGGACUUUGUAGAGGAUUGGGGUUUGCUCCAAAUGAAUUCGAAGAAUCCUUGGCUAAGGAAUGAUUUAAUGCUUCGUCGAAAGUUCAUUUACUACUUCUCCAUGGGAUUGAACCUUAUCCUCAGGCUUGCUUGGUUACAGACAGUUCUGCAUUCAAAUUUUGAACAUGUUGAUUACAGAGUAACUGGGCUAUUUUUGGCUGCCCUUGAAGUCAUUAGAAGAGGGCAGUGGAAUUUUUACAGGUUGGAGAAUGAGCAUCUAAAUAAUGCUGGAAAGUUUAGAGCCGUUCAAACAGUACCACUUCCUUUUCAUGAAGUGGAUGAGGAAGACUAAUGCCCAUUAGCAGCAGUUGAUUACAGAAUUGGAUUCAGGUUCAAGGAUAUUUUUCAACCAAACCUUAAUUUCCUUGUACGAGUUGUUGUAACAACACACAUCAACUUGAUCAUUAUUGUUCCAUUGAUAUUGGAAAAUAAAAAGGUUCAUACUUGUAUACAGAAUUUUCUACGAGCAAAGAAGAUCACAAGACCUUGCCUUCUUGCGAAUAAUUUAAUUUGUUAGCUCUACUUGUUUGUAUACAGAUUCUUGCUCCAGAAUAGACCUUGUUAAAGAAAAUGGCCUGAUAAAAUCCAAUUUGAGUUGAUGUUCAACUCCUUGAUGCAUUGAAAUCCCUGCUUCCUAAAGAUUUGCUCUAGCAGAAUCAGUAGCUUCACAAUCCACUUCUGCAAAGCAAGCAAAAGCAGACUUGAGGCAGUGUAAUUGCAUGACACACAGAAUUCAUUGAGUUGCAGUUUCCUUCUCUAUAAACAAUAUCAUAAUCAAAACAAAUAAAACUGUAAAAAAAAAAAUCAAAAUCAAAAUCAAAAUAAAAAAAAAAUAAUGAAAUCAAUCUGCAAAGAGCAAAGAAAACUAGUUUUCUUGACCCUGAUAAUGAUACCACCUGACCCAUUAAAAAUAACAAUAAUAAAGUACAACUUUUUUUAACUAAUUAGGCUUAGGCAAUAAUAAGCGAAAGCUCCCCUUGAAUUUUCAAUUGAAAACUUCUCUAAUGGCUUCGCUCAGUAAUUGCAGUUUCUCUCGCGCCACUUCUCUUUCCAAUCUCAGGCUCAAACCUCAACAAUCCAUCAAUUCCCCUCCCUGCACUAACUUCUUCAAACCCUUUUCUUCCUCCAGUUCCUACUCGCUCCCCAGGCAGAAAAUCUCUCCAAAAAAAUUAGUAUUAGUGGAGGUUGCUGGUUUGGUGGAUGGCAAUUCCGAGACAUAUCCAGAAGCAGAACCCAGCGGUUCGAGUACGGGUGCAACUAUUGACACAAAACUGCCUAGGAGGAGCUUGCUUGUGCAAUUUACUUGUAAUGAAUGUGGCGAAAGAACACAGAGGCUCAUAAACCGAUUAGCCUAUGAGCUGGGGCUAGUUUAUGUGCAGGUAUCUAUUUGUUUACUGUAAUUGAUGGAAUGCUAGUAAUAUGUUUCCUGAUGAUAGCGAAGCUGUUGAACAUUAUUUCUGAUUCUUUUUUUAAAUGUGGUUUUCAUGUAUUUUUUAACAUAGAUAAGACAGACAAUUUUUAGCUUUUGCUUACAGAUGAAUAUUUUAAUGUCCAUUAUUGCUGGUAAAGUCUAACUUACAAUACUUAGACUUCUGUUUUUGAUCUUCAUAUUAUGAGCUGCCAAAAGAUUUAAUAUGUAUCAAUUUAGGACAAGGAGGACCUUCAAAGCCAUAAAAAGGAUGAAAAGCCCACACUUUCAUAAGAAAAUUUUGUCAAUGUUAAUUAAAUUUUGUCAAUGUUAAUUGGGAUUAACAUUUCUAGGAAAUGAUAUUUUUAAGUUAAAUAUUAUGAUAUUCUUGCUAUUUGUCUGGCAGUGACUCUCAGACUACCAUGUGAUAUGUAUAUUCUUUGCAACUAACUGUAGUUAUAUUUUUGCAUCUACCCUUUUAAAUAAUUAUAAAUUGGUGUAUCAAUGGAGACAUGGUAGACUCAGUUUCUAUUAUUUGGGAAUUUCUUCUUAUUCUGUCGGGGAAGAACAGUUGCUGUUCCAAAACAAUCCAACUGAAACUGAUUUUUUUGAGAAAAAAAAAAAAACCUGAAACUGAUUGAUUAUCUGUUUUACUCUUUCAAUUUGUUUGAUGUGUUAUCUAUGUCAGUAUUAUCUAGAUCAAUAAUUAUGUGUAACUGGAAAUUAUUUUCUGCCAGAAUUAUGCUUCAGACCAAAUUUAUCAGAUGAUUUCGAUAUAUUUUUAUGAUGAAUUUUGUAUUUCUUAUUUUCUUUUCUAUUCAUUUCAUUAAUUUAUAGACUAGCUUCUCAUAUUAGAGUGAAGUUUUUGUCAAUACUGGCAGGAUGGAUCCAGUAGGGGGGGCAGUGGGGGCACUUGCCCCCACUGCCCUCAAAUUUCCCUUCAAAAAAUAAUUUUUUUUUUUGUAAAAUACUAAAAUUCUAACCUUGCUCCAUGUUUGAAGGUAUUAAUUUGCCCCCACACUCAAAGAUGUUCCUCACAAUUUUUUUUCAUUAAAUAAUUUUAUCUUAUUCCCAUUAAAGUUUGGAUUAUUCAUAUUGUAGGUCCCUAAAAUUAAUUAAUUUGUUCCUAGUUGAAAUAAACUUAUUGGUUGAAUGCAUAUAUGAGUGAGAAUGCACAUUUAUGCCUAUCAAUUGCCCCUACGAAUAAGAAUUUUUGGAUCCGUCCCUGAACAUUGGUUAAUAUCAAUGUAGUAUUUGGCAGCGUAUAUCAUGCCACCGUUGGCAAUUUGCUAUGUCCUAAUCUAUGAGUUUGAUGCUGCUUCUUCUAUUGAAUUUGUAGCCGAGGAUGCACCGUUGCACAUCGCUUUUUUUGAAUAAUUACCUGAGAGGAAACUGUAAUUGCUUCUGUGUUGCAAAGGUGUUUGUGGUUGUAAUAGUUUAUAGCAAAAAUUUUCAUUUUCAUUAUUUUGACCACCAAGCAAUGCUUUUUAUUAGUGUGCAGGGUGUGAACAGUAACACAAAUUAGCUGAUAAUCUUGGUCUCAUAAUUGAGUAUAAUUUGCUGGAGGACAUAAUUGCAGAAUCAAACACAGAUCAAGUUUGAUAAAUGACAAUGAAUUUCAGUAUUUAUACAGUUUUCUUCUUUAGAUAAUUUUGUCUGUGGUUAUAAAGAAAAUAAUUUUGUCUCUGGUUAUAAUUCAAACUUCAUCUUUAUUAUGUACUAACUUUGUAAGAACUGAAAAAAUACAAAACUGUUGACAGUCCAUUGGCAUGCCGUUAACAUCAUAAUUCCUAUUUAUAUGAAUUUUUUAUUUUUAUUUAUGUUGUACAUAUAAAUUAUCUUUCUUCAUGAUAUCCAAUUGCUAAAAAUUGUAGCCUGUAACAAGCAGCAUAAAGCAAAUAGCUAAUGUCCUUGCCCACAUUCCUGGCCUUCCUCCUAGCUGAUACAUUGCAUUUCCUCCAUUCUAUAAGCCAAAACAAAAUGCAAGAAAACAAUUAUUCAAAAUAAUUUGACGUUAACAAGUAUUGUUAUAAGAAAUAUCAAUUCUGACAGUUGCUCUAUCAGUAAUCUUGAUGGAAGGUUUGUGUAAUGUACCAGAUCUGGGGAUGGUGCAGGGGCUGUAUCCUCAGAAUCUGUUACUGCCACUGGUGCAGGUGGGGCUGGUGGGCUGGGGGGAGUUGGUGAUGGUGCUGAUGCAGGUGGAUGAUGAUGCUUCUUGUGCCUGUGCCUUCUUUUCUUCUUGUGCUUGUGUGGAGGAGGUGGUGCAGGUGAAGGCACUAAUUCUGGUGUUGGGGCCAGUGGUGGAGGAGCUGGUACUGGGGCUGGAGGAGUAGCUGGUGAUGGUGCUGGUGCUGGUGCUGGUGCCAAUACCGGUGUUGGUGUUGGUGUUGCUGGAGAUGGUACUGGUGCUUCCUUAGUUGGUCCUGGUGCUGGUGCUGUAGGAGCUUGGGCUGGAGCAGGGGGCACUUGUGGUGGUGGUAAAGCAGGUGGUGGUGGUGUAGCUGGUGGUGGUGGCAGUACAGGUGGUUGAGCUGGAGCUGCAAUUGGAGGAGUUUGUGGCGGUUGUGGUGGUGGAAUUUGAGGGGAUGGGAUAGUUGGGCUGAUAGUUGGUGCUACUUUAGGAGUUGGUGAUGAUAUAGGAGUGACUGCAGCUGGAGGUGUUGCUGCACUUACUGGUGAUUGUGUUGGUGGAGUUGGUGUUGUUAUUGGCGGGGGUGUGGUGGUAGUUGGUGGAAGCGUGGUAGUGGUAGGUGGAGGUGUAGUAGGCAAAGUCACCGGUGAUGCUGCUGGUGCUUGAGCAUUAGUAAUAAUUAAAGGAAAGCAGAGGUAAGCCAAGAUGGAAACCAAAAACAUUGAAUCCAUUUUUGCAGUAAUGAGAACAAAAGAAAUAGAGAUUAUAUAGAGUUGAAGGCAAAAAAGAACGGUAGCUGUAAAAAAAAAAUGCUUGGUGCUGUAUUGGAGGGAGAAACGUAGUCUUCAUGCCAAUGGAUUUGGAUUAUAUGGCAACAAACCCAAACAAAGAUUACAUUAAGUGGUGUGGUUUCUUCAAGUUGAGAAGUACUCACAGGCCAACAAUUGUUUCUGUUCUUUUAGCCUAGAUGCUAACAUGAAACUUAAAAUGCAAGUCUGGGCAAAUUUCUUCCCAAAUUUUCACUGAUUUCUCGAGGCAAAUGUGCUGAAAUGGAGAUGGAAAAAGAAAUGACACAGAAAGAUUGCAGAUGGCAAUGCUGGAAAACCUUUCACCUACUAUGGAAGUAUGGAUUGACCUGGAUGUUAAUCCUAACACAACCUAAACAUUGGUAACCAGUCAAUCUCAUUGUUUUUAAGCCAAGAGAAAUCAAGGUCAGAAACCCUUUUCUGGUAUUGUUUUCAUCUUCACCUGGUUAUGGAUAUCUAGCUUUUUCAAGACAGCACCAGAUAUUACACACCUUUUUUCAUAUGAUGGAAUUGGGAAGUCCACAAUGGCCAAUACAAUUCUACAUACUCUAAUUGCCUUUCAACGGUCACUUAUUAUUAAAUUUCAAUUUAUAUUA